AUGGCCCCAAAGAAAAGCCCCUCUGCUUCCACCAAUCCUCCACUGUCUGAUGAUUUUUCCAUCAAGCACGAAUGUGGGCGCGCCGUCGCUUCCCUCCAGAGUGGAAACCACACCGAAGCGCUCAAACUCAUCAAAGACUCCAUUUCCCGCCACAGCGGCAGAAACAACAACGACAACUCGUACAACUCUGCCAUUCUCCACCACACAUGCGCCGCCAUUCACUUCAAAACCGCUUCUCUUCUUGGCGAUUCUAACACAAAACAGGAGCACCUCAACAACGCCGCCGACUCGGCCAGGGAAGCUUUAGCUUUCUCCCCGAACUCAAUCUCCUUACCACUUUCGUACGCCCAAGUUCUCUUCGUGUUAGCAACACUCGACGGCAAGAAUGGCUACCAAGAAGUAAUAAAUGAAUGCGAGCGCGCUUUGAUUAUAGAAGACCCAGUAGACCCUCUUAAAGAUAGCUUCUUCCAAGAAGAAGAGUUCCAAGGUUCGAGCCAAGAAUUUCGAAUAGAGAAUGUGAAACAAGAACUCAGGAAGUUGAUAGCGAAAUGCAAGAAUGUUGGAUAUGAGAAUAUAAACAUGGAAACAAUUAAGGACGUAUUGGAGAGAGUGAAGAAGGUGGAGGCUUAUAUUGUGGCGACGAGGCUCUUGCAGCAGAGAAAUCUUUCAACAUUUGGGUUGCCUUCGCAGGAUGACACAGAUGAAGACAGAGGAAAGUAUGGGAAUCUUGAGAGUGUGAUGACUUAUUGGAAGAACGCUAUGAGUGUUGAAAAGAAGUGGGGAUUGUUGAAAGUGAGUAUCAAAGAGCUUACAGCACAUUUUAGUAAGAAUACGUUGGCAAAGGUAGUUUUGAAGGAAGCAGUAGAGUUUGCUAAGGAGGAGAAAAAAUGGAUUUUCUGGGUGUGUUGUUGUUGCGGGGAGAGGUUUGGAGACUGUGAACUGAGCAUGGAGCAUCUUAAGGGUGAGCAUAUGGAGAAUCUGUCAGAGACAUUGCAGGCUCAUAUACCAAAAGAAGUUGGUGGUGAGUGGAUUAAGAUGAUUGAAAAUGGUGUUUGGAAGCCCGUGGAUCUCCUUGCCUCGGUGAAGAUAAUAGAAAACGAGUCAAGAUUUGGUGACCCAAUUGAUAAAGAAGGUGACCCUGAAAUUUUCCUGAUCGAAAUUGAUGAAAAUCAGAAGUGGCCAUUGUGUGAGGAUAGUGAGCGCAGGGGGAUCCUUGAGAGAAUUCGUGGAAUGUUGGAAUUGUUUCUGAGAAACAAAUGCUUUGCAGUGGGCCACCUCGAGAAGUUGAUGAGAAAUACAUUGCAAGUGCUGAAAACACACAUUCCAGAAUCCCAAAUUGAGAAUCAUGGACUGGACAAAACACUCCUCUGUAUAUGUUUUUUGGAUGCUCCCUGGCUCUGGAAAGCCCUUGAAUUCUUAGAAACGCUGGCUUUUUCUUGUGGCUUGAAUAAUAUUGCAGAGGAGAGUGUUCUAGAUUCUGACCAGGCGUUUUGCGUUAAAGAGAGGAUUGUUUUCAGCAGCAACUUCUCUUGUCUCCUUUUGGAUGAGAGAUUGUUGAGGGGAGAGCUAAUUCCCAGUACAUAUCAAGAUGCAAUUGCUGAUGAUGGAACUGCAGUAACUUCUGCUGUAGAUGUUCGUCAAAAUGCUGAGCUGACUGAUGGUGUUGCUUUUUUUAAUUGGUUAUUGACGGGUCCUGCCAUUGGGGAUCGGUUGCAGGCAUGGGCAAGCCUGAGAGAAACCAGAAAUAAUCAAGUAAUGGAGCUUUUCAAGAUUCUUGAAAUGGAAUUUAAGCAUUUGCAAAAAAUGUGUUGGAGAAAACACGGGCGUAUGCUAUGCUGGAAAGUUCUUUGGGAGUUGGAGAGCAUAUGUGAUGAAGAACAAAAGAAAAGGGAGCAAAGUUCAGAGCCUGAUCCACAAAGUCAUGCAUCCCUCUUGUCGAAGCUGCAGAGGCAUGUUGAUGCCGUGGAAGAUACCAUUGAGUUUACAAUCACUAAGUUGAAGUUGAAAAGCUUGUCGGGAAUCUUGGAAGAAGGACAAGCAGACAUAAUUUUCAUAAAAUAA